UUAUUAUUUAAAUUUGACUUAUAAAUUAUAGGUUACAUCAACAUCUGUAAAGCUGGUUCUGAUAGUAUUUAAGUAUAAAAUUUUACAUUCAAUUUAUUUUAUUAGAGAAUAAUUAUCAGCAAUUGAUUGAUAUACAUAUUAUUUAUUUUAUUUAUUUAUUUAAUUUUUCAGUAUUACACAAAGAUAUGGCUGGAGAAGUAGAAAAUAAUUUAGUAGAAUUAAACCUGAAUCAAAAUAAAGAUGACAUAGUGGAUCCAUGGACAGUAACAAGCAGCAAUGAAACUGGGAUAGAUUAUGAUAAAUUGAUCAAAAGAUUCGGCAGUUCUAAGAUUGACAAGGAACUAUUAGACAGAUUUGAAAAAGUAACAGGCAAGAAAGUACAUCAUUUUUUAAGGCGAGGUAUUGUUUUUUCACAUCGUGAUAUGCACACAAUAUUAACAAAUUAUGAAGCUGGAAAACCUUUUUACCUUUAUACCGGAAGAGGACCUUCAUCUACUUCUAUUCAUCUUGGGCAUUUAAUCCCAUUUCAGUUUUGUAAAUGGUUGCAAGAUGUUUUUGAUGUUCCUCUGGUCAUACAAUUGACCGAUGAUGAGAAGACUUUAUGGAGGGAUCUAUCUCUAGAGGAAGCACACAAAUUGGCCUAUGAAAAUGCUAAAGAUAUAAUUGCAGUGGGAUUUGAUGUUGAGAAAACUUUCAUUUUCUCUGAUGUCGAUUAUAUUGGUCAAAGGCCCGAAUUUUACAGGAAUAUGAUCAGGAUACAAAAGUGCGUUACCUUUAAUCAAGUCAAAGGGAUUUUUGGUUUUGAUGAUAGUACUGUAAUAGGGAAAAUCGCAUUUCCAGCUGUUCAAGCUACACCAGCAUUGUCUACCUCUUUUCCUGACAUAUUCAAGGAUAAAAAGAUUCCUUGCUUAAUACCUUGCGCCAUAGAUCAAGAUCCAUAUUUUCGAAUGACACGAGAUGUAUGUCCUAGAAUUGGUUUUCAAAAACCAGCAUUACUUCAUUCGAUUUUUUUCCCCGCUUUACAAGGUGCACAAACAAAGAUGUCUGCUUCUGAAGCUAAUAGUACAAUAUACUGUAGUGAUACCCCAAAACAGGUAAAAAAUAAGAUAAACAAAUAUGCAUUUUCUGGAGGACAGGCCACAGUAGAAGAUCAUAGGAAACUAGGGGGAAAUUGUGAUGUUGAUAUCACUUACCAAUACUUGAAAUUCUUUUUAGAAGAUGACGAUAAAUUAGAGCAAAUUAGAAAGGAUUAUAGUAGCGGUAAUUUAUUAACAGGAGAAUUGAAGAAGAUACUUAUUGAUAUACUCACUCCCCUUGUACAAGAACAUCAAAAAAAAAGAGCCGAAGUUACCAAUGAGAUUUUACAAAAGUUUAUGACACCUAGAAAAUUGCAUGUAGAUUAUUGAGGUUAAAUUUUUGAUAAAAUAUAUUUAUUGCUUCGAUAAGUAAAAAACAAAAGUUUGCAUUAUCAAUCUCAAAUAACCACAUGUAAAUGGUUUUUAUACUGUACUAAUUUUAUAUGUUUUGUCAUAAAAUGAAUAAAUUGUUGCAUUUUCAAGAUAA